AGACUGCACAGCGCGCCCAGCGGCCGCGUUUCUCUGUGCGCGUGCGUGUGGCGUGUGCACGCGUGUGCCAGACCGACCCCGAGACGACAGGCCAUGGCCCUCCCUGGAUUGCCCGCUGCCUGAACCGCGGCGCGGACCAGCGUCGACUGCCAGGAAUCUUAGAUAUGCCACGCCCAAGGAUCUAGCGCUUUGGUUGACCAUACAAAGGCUCCACCACGGCAGAUAGCGGGGAAGAGAGAAAUCUGUGCAUCAAGGUCCCGAUGCCAGGCCAGACGACUCAGAGUCUUCAUGGCAGCGCUCCAGCCGCCGGGACGCCGUGUUGCGAGUCCGGGCGCCCCGUCUUGACCGACCCGAUCACCGGCCAGACGGUGUGCUCCUGCCAGUACGACGCGCAGCUGCUCAACUACCAGAGGCUCGCCGGGCUGCCCAUCAACAUGUACGGGACAGCGGCGGCGUACGCCGGGGACCAAGGCUUCCUGCCCCUCGGCGCCGCCGAGCAGUCCGCCUUCUACUCGCCUUCGGCAAACGGUUUUGACCUGAAGGAGAAUCUGGAAGCCUGGCGAAACCUCCCGUACGCUGCGUCCAUGUACUACCCGUACGACUCGGCUGCCAUCGCCGGUUACCCUUUCGCAAAUGGGUACGGCAUGGACCUCAACGGUGCCCGACGCAAGAACGCCACCAGAGAGACCACGAGUACGCUCAAAGCCUGGCUAAACGAGCACCGAAAAAACCCCUACCCUACGAAGGGCGAGAAGAUUAUGCUUGCCAUCAUCACGAAGAUGACGUUAACGCAGGUGUCCACUUGGUUCGCGAAUGCCCGGCGCCGGUUAAAAAAGGAGAACAAGAUGACCUGGUCGCCUAGGAACCGAUGCGACGACGACGACGACGCGGACGGAGACGACGCGCCGCCCGCGCGACACGACUCCAAGGAUGGCCAAGGAUCGGCGGCCGCAUCGCGCCAGGAGAAUUCCACCUCUUCGUCGGAGGCCGCGGCCAGGGCGGCUGAGGAGCUGGCGCGCCGGAACCACCAGCUGAUGGCGGCUGCGGCCGGCACAGCGGGUCUGUCGGAAAGCCGCAAGAGGCCACGGGAUGAGUCUGACGAUCUCGUGGACGUGGACGAUGACUCUCGGUCCUCGGACCUUACCGACCUGCGGCGGCCGAGCGGAACGUCGCAUUCUUCCGAGGAACCUCGGCAUGGUCUGCAGCAGGGCGGCGGCAACUUGUCGGAUGCCUCGCUGUCUGACUCAGAGUCUUCGGCGCGAACACCUGCAGCGUCGCCCAACGGCCACAGCGACGUGUCUUCAGCUCCGAAACCUCGCAUAUGGUCCAUCGUGGAUACGGCGACGUCCGGCAGCCCUAGCCACAGCAUGCUGUCGCCGGGAGCGCCGUCGGCAGCUGCAGUGGCGGCGCGAAUGGCGUCGCUGCAGCGCUCGGCGCGUCUCGAUUAUCUGUCCCCGUACCACAAGACGAGCUCGUGGUACGCCAGUACGUUGGGCAGCCUGGGUGGCGGCUCGUUUCCCCUGUCCACUGUGUACAGCGUGCCAACCAUCAUGUCGCCAGCGGCGGGACUGGCGCCGGUGUCGGCCGGCUCACCCCUCACGGACUCGACGACGGCCGCGUCGCUGAGCAGGUUACGAACUGCCGCCGCCUUCUCUGCGGCCGCCGACAUGGUGCUGCCGAAGCCGGCCGCCGCUCCUCCUCCGCCGGGACCCUCGGGUGCCUUCAACCUGAGCCGACUGGCGCCUGCGCGCUCCUCGGCUGCCGCCAUCGCGGCCGCCGUCGCCUCAACCAGCAGCAGCCCGUCGACGAGCCAGGCGAGCGCGCCGCAGCCCAGCCCCUCAUGAGACAGCGCCCGGCGACGGCUCCGUACUGCUGCCGGUCGCAGCGCCGCCUUCCGCGCGCCGGGCCGCCAGGGACACGCUUCUCUCGAGGGAUGAGCGCUUCGGACUUCGUCGCCGUGUUUUCCCCGCGUAGUGUGUGUGUGUGUGCGUGUGUAUGUGUGUACGUGCCGCUGUCCCAGCGUCGUAGCACUGCAUGUAGACUGUGCCGUCACAAUGAUGUGCGCGAGCACCUUAGAAGACCUCCCUUCCUCUGGCUGCUGUGCCGUGCGUGCAACUCGUGAAAAUUUGGACAGCACGCCGACCUUGUGCUGAACUAUCAUCAUCUCGAGCUUCCUACUCAAAGCAUGGGGCAUUUACUUGUUAUCACUUCGCGCUCACUGGGCACCGCUUGGCCACCGAACAGCAAACCGAAAGAUCCCAGCGCCACCUGCGAUCCUGGCACUGGACGUCACGCAAAGUCUGCGUAGCACCUACGCGGACUGGCUGGCUUUUAGACGAAUGGUUUGUAGCACUCGCUCAUCACUGCGAAAGAGAGGACACAGUGCGCGGAACUCUUUCAUCCCCUUCGUCCCUUCCCCACCAUUGUACAUAGAAACUAUGAGAGAAGGAGAAAAUAUCUCGUGUCUUGUUUGCUGCCGCCUCACCCUACAUUGAUGUCAUCUCGCAUCGUUCACGCAGAGAUCCUCUCGACGAGCCUCGCCCCCACGCCCUCUUGCUGCUCUUGUGUACUAGAAUUCAGACAGAUUUUUUCUUCUUUUGUUGUUGUUGUUAAAGCACGUCAAGAAAGGUCCAGUGCGCCAAUAUUUUAGAAUGUUCGCGUAUUUUGUAAUGACCGAAGUGGCUUCAAGUAUCCCUAACGUAGGAAUCCCUUUAACGUCGUAUUCUUUGAAGAAAUGCUGCCCUACCAGGCCUGUGGAUUCACAAGAGUCGUGGUGCAUUUUUUAGUCAAAUACACAAACCCUGUGCCGCCUGCAAGCACACUGCAGCGUUUGUAUAGUUUUGUCAAAUGUUCUUUGUUAGAAGCUGUACUAGCUCAUGAACUCACGCUGAACAUCGUAUCCAGCUCUGUAUUGAUCCUAUCUUGCUCAUAAUUGCGCAUGUGAAUCAGCGGGAGUAUUUUGUGUUUUCUGUGCAUUUGGUCGUUAAUAAGAGCCUCUUUAAAUGGCUGUAAACUGCACAGCUAGCGUGGUUGUGUGUAUUCGUGUGGAGGAAUUUGUUUCAAAUUUCAACAUUAUGAUUUUUUUGCAUGUUUAGUACCUUUAUUUGUCCAGAGUGGGCACACAUAAUUUUCCAUUGCAAUCACUGUUUUCUUUUUGACGCUAGCGUCCUAUUUAUCGUAAUCUCUGAGGCACAGUUUCUCGCCAGCAGAUGGUUAAAUUUUUGCCUGUCGAUAGCUUUGAAUUGUCAGCUUUGCUAUAGAUAAAGGUACUCCUAGUUGAAAAACAUUUGGAAGGCUGGUUGUCGUAUCGAACAGUUGUGUUGAAAUGACAGGGAAAAUUUUGAGAUCGAAUGUGACUGUCCCCCAAGUAUUCGGUUAAGUGGUUGAAAUAUUUGUCACAUUUUAAAUCCUAAAAUUUAAUUUAUUUAUAUUUAAAGCUUAAUUUUUUAUCCUAGCCAAUAAGUUUUUUUAACGCCAUUUAUGCUCGUCUGGAUACUUCGGAACAGCGGCUGGUGGCGUUAACUGAAAAGCACUGGCGUCUAAUUCGAAAGUUUUCCGGUCUCAUGAAAAAAUUCAGCUUAGCGCAUGACAAUGAAAGUGGAAAGGAAUCAAAACAUGACAGUGCAUAAAGUUGAUUUGGAAUCUACGCUGUGAUUUGCGAAGUGAGACACCACUUGAAACAUAUCAUAAUAAAAUGACGUCCGGUGUUUUAUUUAGGCUAUUUUAGGCUGUCUUAGGCCAACUUGGGUGCAGGCUAUACAGAUACAAUGCAUGAUUGACAGGAAACAAUGGAUGCUUACGAGGGGUCACGAUGCACAAGCGAUCAUAGACGUUUUCACUCCCCACCAUUUUGCAGCAAUUAUCAAAUGUUUCUCAAAGCCAAAGUGAUAAAUCCUCCCUACAGCAGAACUCUCUUUUUACUUAGAAAUAUUUAUUUUGUUGUAUUUUCAUUUCUCGUCCUUGUGGAAGUUGUCUGAACGUGGGAGAUCCGGGAAACAUAUCCACGUGGCUAUGUAAAGUUAGAUUAUCGACAGAAACAAAUCCCGGCACUUACCUCUGUGCGGGCUGACGCAAGUUUCGUGGUUUAACGGGAGCGUCACAUUGAAAGAUGUCCGGUGGUACAGGAUGCAUUUGCGAGUUAAUUUAAUGUCGAAAACUGAAGUAUGGGGAUGAUGUAUUAAAGUUUACUAUCGUGCAACGAGAGACGGCAUGCCGUAAGGCGAUGUUUGGGGCGGUACAAAUUUAUCUUGUUGCGUUCAGUUGUGUGAAAUACCGGUUCCCGUUUAGAUGUAUGCAAUUUACUUUCUUUUGAGUGUUUUUGAUUUAAAUCGAGAAGUGAAUGUGGACCGGGUGGUUAUGUCGUCAUGUGAGCUCACUAAAAGAUAAUUUCCUAAUGAUCUUUCGCGAGCUACGCCAAGGACUUUGUUCAUUUAUGUAGUGAUAAUGUGGCAGUUGCUAGUAUAGCCGAAACGUCAUUCAACACGCACGCAAGUAGUGUGCUCGUUCUGCCAUACGAGGCUCCCUUCGCUGUCUAAGGCUGAGUUGGACCGAUAGAGUAAAAGUGUGCGAGCAACGCACUUAGCCAGUAAAACAGUAAAACAAGUUUGCUCGGGUGCAUGGUUAAACUCGACUCGUCGUUGGUAUACGAGAAGGUGUGCGCACUUCAAGCCAAGGCAUCGUCAUAGAAAUGCGAUAGAGAACACAUUUAAAUAGGUACGCGGGAUAUUGGGAACGAGCAGUCAUAAUACUCAUUUACCAUUUCUUAUUUCCUCGAAAAAAAAUGUUUGCGAGUGGCUACCGUCACACUCGAAGCGUGCAGACCUUCUGUAGCCUAUAAGGUGGUCAUAUUGUGUGUAACGAAGAGUUAAAUACAUUUCAUUUAUUAUUAGAACUUAAGGAUGUACAUUUGUUUUCGAGCGUGACACGUAUGUACUGGGAGCGAAAAAAAAAAGUUCUGCGGUGGCUUCGACCACGCUGAUUUUGCAUUUCCCGUUUGCCUGGUGAUAUUUUUGAUGCGACUAUUGAAGAAUGUAAAUGUGAGCCUAUUUCGUGUGAUGAAUUAGACGACAACUUGUCUGUCGUUUCGAAUUCUGUACUCAGUCAGCUCUGAUGUGUUGUUGUUGGCGCUUUGCGCCGAACUGUUUUUUUUUUUAAUUUUGUCAACGCUUCCUGUGCACAAAACAAAGUUAGAGCAGCUACCAUCCCACGUGGGCUUGGCGUUUUUGCAUUGGCGUUUCUGUUGCACUGUUCUCAUUCUAGUGUGGUGCGUUACUGUGAGUGGCGCGCGAAGUUAUUAUUUAGAGCUGCUAAAUGAAAUAAAGAAAGGAGAGGAAAGCAUGGCUUUAACAAGAGGUGGCGUGGAGGCACAAUGAACUUCCCUCUGUAACUUAUUCAAAGGCAAUGGUGCAAACGGAUUGUAAAUAUUUAAAAAAAGUGAAUGGUGCAGUUUGCGUAGAACAAAACAGGAACAAAAAGCAGGAUGGCGAAUUUCCGACGCUGCACGCAAAAUAGGAUGUAAAAUCUUCUGUAAUAUUUUAUUGCUUUGUUUUGCGUGUCUUAGUUGUUGAUUUCGCGUCCUGAACUCUUUAUUUCCUCUUCGAGUCGCUACCGCGCCUGGUUCUUUGGCAACCAUGACGGUGAGAGACUGCGUGUGUAAUACAGUAAAAUACAACGUGUUGGAUUAAAAUAUAGUGAUGAUAAAACAUCAUA